GCCAUGGAGUCAGGGCUUAUCAGGCGUUUCGCCAUGCGCUUGGGCAUCGCCGAGCCAGAUGUGCUGAGGAAAGCAGAGGAAUACUUGCGACUGUCCAAAGUGAAGUGUUUUGGCCUGUCUGCACAUAGCACAGAAACCAGCAGUGCAGUCAUGUGCCUGGAUCUUGCAGCUUCCUGUAUGAAGUGCCCCUUGGACAGGGCUUAUUUAAUUCAACUUUCUGGUUUGAACAAGAAGAUGUAUCAGAGCUGCCUUAAAUCUUUUGAGUGUUUACUGGGCCUGAAAUCAAAUAUUGGAAUGAGAGACCUCGCUGUACAGUUUAGCUGUACUGAAGCAGUGAACAUGGCUUCAAAGAUACUGCAAAGCUAUGAGUCCAGUCUUCCACAGACACAGCAAGUAGAUCUUGACUUAUCCAGGCCCCUUUUCACCAGUGCUGCGCUACUUUCAGCAUGCAAGGUUCUAAAGCUAAAUGUGGAUAAAAAUAAAAUGAUAGCCACAUCUGGCGUAAAAAAAGCCAUAUUUGAUCGACUGUGUAAACAAUUAGAGAAGAUUGUACAGCAGAUUGACAGAGAACCUAGAGAUUUAGUGAUGCCACCAAGGAAAAAAAAGAAGACAGCAGUUGAACCCAGAGCGAAAGAAAAAGAGAAGGUAGUAGAGAUUCCACAUAAACAACAGAAAGAUGAAGAUCUGGCACAGGAUUAUGAAGAGUGGAAAAGGAAAAUUUUGGAAAAUGCUGCCCAAGCACAAAAGGCUACAACAGAGUGA